GACUCGCUUGAACGAUCAUAUCGUCUAUCAUAUCUCCAACUUCACACGUCGGUCACAGACAGACAACCGACGAAAAAAUGUCAGACGAGGAAACACUGCAAAAGCGCCACGACGAUUCAGAGUCAGAAGACUCAGAGGACGAGGUCGAAGAUAUUCCACAGAUUGACGUUGAUCCUUCAACUCUGACACCUCUUUCGCCUGAGGUUAUCUCGAAACAGGCGACAAUCAACCUUGGUACCAUAGGGCACGUAGCUCACGGAAAAUCAACUGUCGUAAAAGCUAUAUCAGGCGUGCAAACGGUUCGAUUCAAGAACGAGCUCGUCCGUAAUAUCACCAUCAAGCUUGGUUAUGCUAACGCUAAAAUCUAUAAAUGUGAAAACCCAGCGUGCCCACGUCCAGGAUGCUAUAGAUCAUACCGUUCAGAUAAAGAGGAUAAUCCACCAUGCGAACGACCAGGCUGCGGACACCGCAUGAAACUCAUACGCCACGUAUCGUUCGUCGAUUGUCCAGGACACGACAUUCUGAUGGCUACCAUGCUUAACGGUGCGGCAGUCAUGGAUGCGGCGCUGCUACUGGUUGCCGGCAACGAAACAUGUCCUCAGCCUCAGACCUCGGAACACUUGGCGGCAGUGGAGAUAAUGAAGCUGGAGAAUAUAAUUAUCCUCCAGAACAAAGUCGACCUAAUUAAACAGGAACAGGCCCUUGAGCACCAGAAGAGCAUCGCCGCUUUCGUUAAAGGCACUGUCGCAGAAUCGUCGCCAAUAGUCCCCAUCUCUGCUCAGCUCAAAUACAACAUCGACGCAGUGAACGAAUACAUCGUUAAAAAGAUACCAAUUCCUGUCCGCGACUUUACCUCGGAUCCGAGGCUCAUCGUCAUUCGAUCAUUUGAUGUCAACAAGCCCGGUGCGGAAGUGGAUGAACUAAAGGGAGGAGUAGCGGGAGGAUCGAUUCUUACGGGUAUCCUACGUGUCGGGCAGGAGGUUGAAAUUCGACCGGGAAUCGUUACAAAAGACAGUGCUGGACGGAAUCGUUGCAAGCCCAUUUUCAGCAGAAUCGUAUCGUUGCAUGCGGAGAACAAUCAUUUAUCGUUUGCUGUACCGGGUGGUCUCAUUGGUGUCGGAACGAAGAUUGACCCUACACUUUGCCGUGCCGAUCGUUUGGUGGGACAGGUUUUGGGCGCAGUUGGCAAGCUGCCCAAAGUGUAUACCGAGUUGGAAAUUAGUUUGUUCUUACUCCGCCGACUACUCGGUGUCAGGACAGAAGACAAGAAACAAACUAAAGUCUCCAAACUCGCGAAAAACGAACUUCUGCUCAUUAAUAUCGGAUCAACGUCGACAGGUGGCCGUGUAUUAAGUGUUAAGGCGGAUCUUGCGAAGAUCCAGCUUACAUCGCCAGCCUGUACCGAGAUCGGCGAGAAGGUCGCACUAUCGCGUCGUAUCGAGAAGCAUUGGCGACUAGUUGGAUGGGGAAGUGUGCAGCGUGGCACGGUCUUAGAACUGGACUGAUCUAGAGGUUCAUACAUCUGCUGUAUCCCAGUGCAUUUGUUUCUGUACCUUGUAGCAUCACCAACGAUGAACUCAUUUGACACAAUA